GGUACAUUAGGAAAAGUCAUUGCAAAUAAUUUAAAAAUAAUUUAAAAUUUUUCUAUAUAAAGUUACUUAGAUUGAUCUUCUUUCUAUCAUCCAUUUGUGUGUCUUCAGAACUAGCACCAAUGUCUUCUCCUACAGAAUACUACAAAUCACUUCCACCAGUUACCAAGACUUAUGGAGUUAUUUGCCUAAUGAUUACAACAGCAUACUACUUCAACUUAUUUGAUUAUGAUACCAUUUCAUUGUCUUAUGUUCAUAUUCUAAAACAAUUUCAGGUUUGGAGACUUGUUACCAACUUCUUCUUCAUUGCUCCUUUCUCUACUUAUUUUGGGAUUAGACUUUUGAUGUUAGCAAGAUAUGGUGUAUUAUUGGAGAAAGGGCCAUUCAAAGAGAGGACUGCUGAUUUCCUCUGGAUGAUGAUCUUUGGAGCUUUAUGCCUUCUUAUGAUUAACAUGAUACCGAUAUUUCGGUACUGGUUCUUGGCUCCCUCAUUAGUUUUCAUGAUAUUGUAUGUUUGGUCAAGAGAGGUGCCUAAUUCACAAAUCACAUUCUUUGGGUUAGUCACAUUUCAGGGUGUUUAUUUGCCAUGGAUUAUGCUUGGACUAGACUUGAUAUUUAAUAAUCCAUUGAUGGGUGAUAUUAUGGGAAUUCUUGCUGGUCAUUUGUAUUACUUUCUUGCUGUGCUUUACCCUCUUUCUGGAAGAAAGAAUGUACUCAAGACUCCUCUUUGGGUAUUCAAAGUAGUUGCAUAUUGGGGAGAAGGAGCACAGAUCAAUAGCCCAGUGCAAUCAACUCCACAAGCUGGCAUUGCAUUCAGAGGUAGAAGCUAUAGACUCAACAGAUAAGCAUAUAUAUAUAUAUAUAUAUAUUUAUAUAUAUUAUCAUAUGAUAAAUAAGAAAGUUUGAAUUUGUAGUUUGUUUACAUAUGUUUCUUAAGAAAUUAAAAGUUAUAUGAUAAUAUAGCUAUAUGAUGUUUUCUCAAUAUAUAUACAUUCUCAUGUUAAUAAA